UAUGACCGAUAUGUGGCCAUCUGCAAACCUCUCCAUUAUUUGAUCAUCAUGAAUCACCGUGUAUGUGUUCUCAUGCUUUUGAUGUCCUGGAUUGGAGGCUUUCUUCAUUCAUUAGUUCAGUUUCUCUUUAUAUAUCAGCUCCCUUUCUGUGGUCCCAAUAUCAUUGACAACUUUGUAUGUGAUAUGUAUCCCUUAUUGAAACUUGCUUGUACCAAUACCUACCUCAUUGGGCUUUCAAUGAUAGCUAAUGGAGGGGCAAUAUGCACAGUUGUUUUCUUCAUUCUCCUAGUUUCCUAUGGCAUCAUAUUACACUCUCUUAAGACUCAUGGUUUGGAAGGGAAACGUAAAGCUCUUUACACCUGUGCAUCCCACAUCACUGUGGUCAUUCUAUUCUUUGUCCCCUGUAUCUUUCUGUUUGCAAGACCAACUUCCACUUUUCCCAUCGAUAAAACCAUGACUGUGGUGUUAACUUUCAUCACUCCCAUGUUGAACCCCUUGAUCUACACCCUGAGGAAUGCAGAAAUGAAAAGUGCCAUGAGGAAACUUUGGAGCAAAAAUGUGACCUUAGCUGGAAUAGGGCUGUAUCUCUCAUGCAGAACAUGA